AUGCCAGUGACGAUCUGUGACGUCAGCCCUCUGAUGACCGGCAUCAAGGCCGCCGUCUCCUGGUCUCGCUCCAGGGUCACGAUAACUCUGUGGCUGGACAGCUUGUCACUGCUGUCGGCCAACAGUCACUCACUCCCGUGUGCGUUUCCCCCUGCAGCGGACAUGGCUGAACUAUUGCAAAAGAUGUGCAGAUGUCUCUCCUGCCCGGCCUAUCUCGAGCAACCGCUGAGCCUGGAGUGUGGCUGCAGCUUCUGCCACGACUGCGUCCGCUCACUGCCGCAGGAGCCCCACGGGGAGGGCUUGGUCUGCAGCUUCUGCUCCAAGGUCUCCCGGAAGAACCACCUCAGGCCCAAUCGGCAUCUGGGGCAGCUGGUGUCGAAGGUGAAGGAGCUGGAGCCCCAGCUGAGAGCCAUUCUGCAGAUGAAUCCCCGGAUGCGGAGGUUCCGAGUGGACGUGACCUUGGACGCAGACACGGCCAACAACUUCCUCCUCCUCUCGGAUGACCUCAGGAGCAUCUGGUGCGGGCCCAUCAGGCAGAAUCGGCCAGCGCUCCCUUCGAGGUUCGACUUGUCCAUCUGUGUCCUGGGCACCCCUCGGUUCAUCUCCGGCCGCCACUACUGGGAGGUGGACGUGGGGUCGAGCACAGAGUGGGACCUGGGGGUUUGCAGGGAUUCCGUUUGCCGACAAGGGCGGAUCCAGCUCUCCUUGGAGCAGGGCUUCUGGACUGUGAGUAGAAGUGCCAGGGGCUUUUUGUGGGCCAGCACCCAGCCUCACAUUCCCCUCUGCGCAAACUCCCUCUUACGCCGAGUGGGGGUCUUCCUGGACAUGGAUGUGGGGGACGUCUCCUUUUACUGCAUCGAACACGAAGCCCACGUCUUUACCUUCACGGGACUUCCUGCGGGGGAGCCGCUGCGCCCGUUCUUUGCUCUCUCAAUCCCACCUAAUGGGGUUCAGGGCGCCCUGAGCAUCUGCUCCGUUGUGCCCCUGGGAGCUGCUGGCCCCUCCGACCAGCGGAGGGAGGACAGAUAA